AUGUCAGCCUCAUUUCUGUCUCAGGGUUGUGAGUGUGGGGUGGUGGAUCUAAGCUUGGCCAAGGGCGAGUACAUGUCAGCCUCAUUUCUGUCUCAGGGUUGUGAGUGUGGGGUGGUGGAUCUAAGCUUGGCCAAGGGCGAGUACAUGUCAGCCUCAUUUCUGUCUCAGGGUUGUGAGUGUGGGGUGGUGGAUCUAAGCUUGGCCAAGGGCGAGUACAUGUCAGCCUCAUUUCUGUCUCAGGGUUGUGAGUGUGGGGUGGUGCAUCUAAGCUUGGCCAAGGGCGAGUACAUGUCAGCCUCAUUUCUGUCUCAGGGUUGUGAGUGUGGGGUGGUGGAUCUAAGCUUGGCCAAGGGCGAGUACAUGUCAGCCUCAUUUCUGUAUCAUGGUUGUGGGUGUGGGGUGGUGGAUCUAAGCUUGGCCAAGGGCGAGUACAUGUCAGCCUCAUUUCUGUAUCAUGGUUGUGAGUGUGGGGUGGUGCAUCUAAGCUUGGCCAAGGGCGAGUACAUGUCAGCCUCAUUUCUGUCUCAGGGUUGUGAGUGUGGGGUGGUGGAUCUAAGCUUGGCCAAGGGCGAGUACAUGUCAGCCUCAUUUCUGUCUCAGGGUUGUGAGUGUGGGGUGGUGGAUCUAAGCUUGGCCAAGGGUGAGUACAUGUCAGCCUCAUUUCUGUAUCAUGGUUGUGAGUGUGGGGUGGUGGAUCUAAGCUUGGCCAAGGGCGAGUACAUGUCAGCCUCAUUUCUGUCUCAAGGUUGUGAGUGUGGGGUGGUGGAUCUAAGCUUGGCCAAGGGCGAGUACAUGUCAGCCUCAUUUCUGUCUCAGGGUUGUGAGUGUGGGGUGGUGGAUCUAAGCUUGGCCAAGGCGAGUACAUGUCAGCCUUAUUUCUGUCUCAGGGUUCCAAAGGAUUCCCCACCACCAUCACAGCGCCCCCCAGAACCCCCAGGAAUGUACGGCAUGAGGAGUAACGUCGAGCAGUAUGCUGGUCCCUCUGGCCCCCGGCGCCCUGGCAACCACAUUCCAUUCAUACAAGAUGGUGGACAGAAUGAAGUCCUAGAGAAAGAUGUGCAAUUGCUGAAUCACUGUUUUGAUGACAUCGAGCGGUUUGUGGCGCGCCUACAGCAGGCAGCUGAAGCAUACAAGGAGUUAGAACGUAGGAAACGAGAGCGAGGCAACCGGGCACGAAAGAGACAGAGUGGAGAUGGCAUGCUGAGUCACAGAGCCCGACCCCCACCUGCCAGUGAUUUUAUCGAUAUUUUCCAGAAGUUCAAGUUUUCUUUCAACCUGCUGGCCAAGUUAAAGGCGCACAUCCAUGAUCCCAAUGCACCAGAGUUGGUUCACUUCCUGUUUACGCCUUUAAGUCUGAUCUACGAAGCCAGUCGUGAUCCGUUCCACGGCAACCGGGAUCUUGCCGACCAGGCAAUAUCUCCUGUUGUCAACCAUGAAGCUAAACAACUGUUGCUCAACUGUCUGACGUCCAAGGAGAUCGAGCUAUGGCAGGCGUUGGGGCCCAAAUGGACAACUAGCAGAGAAGAAUGGAGAGGCUACACGCCCCCGUUUAACCCCGUGUUCUACGAUGGCUGGCGACCGUCACCGAGUGUGAUCGAGGAUUCUCCUCCUCCUCCUCCACCUCAGGUACCAUUAGAGGCAGCGGUUCUUGCCCACCACAACCAAAUCAUGAACCACACGCAUGAGUCGGAUACUAGGCCAAUGCCUACCUACCAAGAGGAUGAUUAUCAGCGUAGAUUUGAGCCACCACGCCCGUCACCGCGCCCACCAAGCCCACGGCCGCCGAGUCCGCCAAGGCAUGCUAUUCAGAGUACUUCAGCAGUGUACCCAGAAUAUGUAGAACAGCCCCAAGAGAGAAACCGUCCCGAAAUGAGGCGUCAGUCUCCUACAUCGUCACGAGAUGAGGAAAACGCAGCCUACCUGGAUGAGCUGAGGCGGGGUGGUCAUCAAGUUUACGAAGCACUUCAUGAAAGAAAGGGCAAAAAUCAAAAAGAAAUCUCAGUGAAUAAAGGAGACAUCUUGCAGGUGGUGGACAGUAGCCGGAAGUGGUGGAAGGUGCGGAACUACAAGGGCGAAAUGGGUUAUGCCCCUUACACAAUACUGACCGAGGUCAAGGACUUGGGAUACGGAACGGACUUGGGCCGCGACCGAAACAGUGGCAACUACAACAACUUCCUGCCUAACGACCAGCCACCAGCGCCCCCUGUGCCACCUCCCGCCCCUGAUAUUGGCAGGAGCAGACAACCCAAAAGAGGUGACUUUAAAUACUUCUAGGGUCGUCAGCUGAAAUAAUCUACCCUUACCAGUGUGGUUUUAUGUGUUCUGUUCAAAGGUCAUAAAUACUACCAAAAUUGGCGAGAUUGUGAGGACAAUAAAUCUGUAUUCUCAAUUUUAUUACAAAAUGCCAAUAAAUUUAUCGUCCAAUCGACGAAAUUGUACAUAGAUUUCCGUGCAGCUUCAUUGGCAGAAAAAACAAUGUCACAUUAGAUAGGCUUGAUACAACAAUACCCAUCACUCUGUGUUCCUGAAGGUUAGAUGAUGUGCAAUUUGGGGAGUAGGAGGACCAAAUAGUUCCUGGUUUAACAAAGAAACGGUUGUGCCACGAUGGUCAUUACUCCUAUGUCAGUUUAUCAUGGACUUAAAGGGGCGGGUGGAUAGCACAGUGGUUAAUGCAAUCGCUCAUCAGGUCAAACACUGGGUUCGAUUCCCGACAUGGGUACAAUGUUUGAAGCCCAUUUUUGGUGUCCCCUGCCGUAAUAUUGCUAAAGGCGGCAUAAACCAUUCCGACUCAUUCAUAGACGUACUGCAGUCGAAGUGCUGCAAUUGCUUUGUGAACGGGAACAAAAUGACAACAUGAGAUACGAUGAAACAGAUUAAUAGGAAAGUGAGGGUAUGAGUUUCAAGCUUGUCCAUAUCUAUUUGAUUUGUCAUAAUAUCAAGUCAGUUGUGUGUUAUUAUUUUUUUCCAAAUCUAUGCAACUAUAAGGGAGGGGGGGAAUCGAUGUUAAUAUAUAUUUCAUUGACUGUGUCAUUAUGUUCAUAUCAUUCCUCAUUAAACAUGUGUAUUCCCAAUACAAUGUUAUAGUGUCAGUUUGCAAAAAAACAAUGUUUUAUACAAACAUUGAAACUGGUCAGUAAGAGUAUCUUCCCUUUUAGAAUCACCUUCACUAAAAGUCUAUUUCCUUUUGAACAAUGAGAAGGUUCUUUAACCUUGAAGCUUGAACGGGAAGUUACUGAAGGGGAGGUAACUCUUACAUGCCAAGGGAGACAACUACUUUCCCUUUUGCACAUGAAGUAUUAUAGAGGUAGGAGACAUGUAGGUUAAAGCAACACCUGCUUGAAUUAUAUAUGUAUGUAUAUUGUAUUUGUAUAUUCUGGAAACAUGUUUUGAAGAUUUUAGAUUUAGAAAGUGUACUGUUUAUAUUUGCUUCACAUUCAGCUGAAAAUUGCCGCUUGUUAUAAUUUAGAGCAUUUUGCUCACUGCAGAACAAGAAUUGAUCUGUACAUAUUUGUUUCUGAUGCAACUUUAUAAUGUGGCCUUAAGUGCUUUGAAAGAAGAUUGAAUUUAUUAUGAACUUUUGUAUAAAUUUUGUUAUUUUAUCAGUUAGAUAUGUUUUUAAUUUGAAAACAUUUCAUGUCAAUUUAAUCACAAAUCAUAAAGCACUGAAUAGAUCACCCAUUAGCGUUGACAUAAUUCUGGUACCCGGCUAGUGAAAAGGUUGACACUAAUUGGUGCUUGGAAUAAAAUAACAAAAGAAUUAUUCUCAAAUAUUAGAGAUAAACCUUCAUGAUAGGUUGUUGAUAAGAAAGAAGUUCUUUUUCUCCAAUGACAUUUUAAUAGGAUUAUCAUAGUUUUUCUUGAUAUGCUGGUACUUACCUGGUUGAGGAAGCUUCAGCCGAGCGUUGUGCAGGGGCGUCUUGUACAGUUAAAUGGCAGUGGUGAAUGUUGGUCUCUAUAUAUAAAAGGUCAAAGAAUAUUUGACUACGAGUUGCUAUUUAAAUCACCUACCUCCCAGAAAUGAAAAAUAAAUGUACAUACAUUGAUUUGGUUGAUCUGUAAAAAUUGUACAUUUUGGUUUAUGGUUCUUUGGAAUAAGCAGUAGUGUAUUCUCAGUAACACCAACUUUUCUUUAUGUUUUGAAAAUGUGAAUUUUGUGUUCUCCAGUAUUCUUGCAUAAUAGCAGUGAAAUCAACAUUUGAUGAUUCUUUUUGGAAUAAAAAUGGCAAAAAAAAGAGCCAACUGUAAUAUGCUGAAAAUGUUGAAAUAUGAGUUAAGGAUUUCAGUUAUCAAAUAGCAGCAUAAUACCCAUGAAAAUAUAACAGUAAUAACCCGUACUCCCCAGUCUGGGCGAUAUAGGUGUUAUUAGCCUCGUGUAUGGUUAGCAUUAUUCAGCAUAUCUGACUCAUUGAUAAUGGUAAUAUUUGUUAUGAUUAUUGGAAAUUUAUGAUCCAUUAUAUUUUUGAAACCAUUGUACAUGUACUUGUACAACAAUGGAAACAUUUGUAUCCAAAUGUGAAUCUAUGACUGAACUAAAACCAAGUUACUAUGGCAAGUUUACACUGUGUAUGGCUAUUCCUAUAACAGUAGACAGAUAAUGGCUCUGAUUGUAGUCACUUUCAGGUAUUUUCCUUGAGUAUUCUGAUUGCCUCAGGCUUGUAUCACUUCUGUAUUAUUUUAAAAGUUACUUUUUUUAUACACACAUUUCAACCAAAUUUCUCAGUCUAAGGUUCUUCUUCCACAGAGAGGAGAUAACUGCUUUGAUUUGCACUAAAUCCCUGAACUUGGCUAAACGCAACUGAUUCCAUAGUAUUAAGAGGUUACUGCUGGGGUCACAGUGUCAGUUGGCAUGUUUCCCAACUACUCAUAAUUGGUCUGCACAUUUACAAAUAUCAAAUCACUUAUCUGCAAUAUGACAGAUGUUUGAUCACAACUUGACUUAUGUCACUUUUUAAUUAGAAUUUGAUUAGCAAAUCAACUUUGCAAUAUAUUUGUGUAUAUAGAUUUUAUUGACAAAUAUUACCAGCCAGAUAAUUAGACACCUGGGCUGAUGUUAGUAUUGAGUACAAUAGAGUAUUCUUGUCAUCUGAAACCAUGCUGAUGUUCAAAUGAUUAUUUAGUGGGGAAUACUUCGAACCUUUAGAGGAGACUGAUUCAGAGUACUUAAUACCAGUUAAUAUUCUGUAUUCAUUAAGAUAGUACUUCCUACGCAAGUAUAUAUCCAUAAGUUAUUCAUCUAACUGUGUACUGUUAAGUAAAUAUUUGUUGUAUAAAUUUAUUAUAUUAUCUUGUCUCCUUUUAAGGUGUUUGAAAUAUUCUCCAUUUCGCCUCAUUUGUAAAUUGUUUUGACAGUUUUGUAAUUUUGUUACUGCCCCAUGGUGAGGUGAUGGAAAUGGGCCCUCAUUGGUCAGGUUUGCGUUUUGUCAUGCAUGUUACCAUGGUUUCAAAAACAUGCCUCCAUGACAGCUUGUUACCAUGGUGAUUUGUUGCUAUGGUAACGAAAAUGUCAUGAUGCUGUAUUUGAUUCGAUUAAUUAUUCCCAUCUGUCUGGUUUUCUGUAUUCUUUUAUAUAUUUUCUGGUGUCCUCUCAUCAUUAUAACGUACUGACAAACUACUCUGGUUCAUAGUUUAGAAGCUUAUUUUGUAACCCAAAUCCUCAUUACUGCAUCUCCUUGGCAACAACCUUUACUAAACCCUUAUUUGGCAAUGGAAGCAUGCCAUUUACAGCAUUUAGAGGGGUCAUUCCUUGGCUUCUCAACUCACUGUCUUUAACUUGGUUAACACUUCCUAACUGCGUAUGAUAACCACAUCACAAACAUGUCAUCACAAUGCCUGCUUAUUGAGUUCACUUCCUGCAUUGCUAGCCUGCACUGUAAAAACGGAUAAGUUUGUAAUAUGAAACAUUGAAAGAUGGAAUAUGUAUUCAAAUUUUUUUGGGAAGUAAGAAAACAGUAUUACACCUCUUUUUGUUUUAUGAAAAAUGAUUCUGAACAGUAUUAAAAUCUUCAGUAAUGCUCAUAGCUCGAUUUACAACUUUGAAUAUUCUUGCAUGUAUCUACUUGAUCUAUGUUUCUCUAUGCCAAUCAAGCCUCACUCACCAGCAUGUCACAUACACAUAACCGCUAAUCAGAAUGGAUUUUAUUCAAGACAUCGCAUGAGAAAAUUACUUCAGUUUCGCCUGUAUGUGUACAUUUUGCUAUGAAAUAAUUUGCUCGUGAGUGUGACAGUACUACAGUGUAUUCUGCAUGUUUUGCCUGAUGUUUCAUGCAUGUUCGGGCUGACAAGGCUUCUGCAAUCCUGACCAGAGUUAUCCCCCUUUCAUCACUCUCCUAUGCUGUAAAUGACAGAGCAUAUCAAGUUGUGUUACCAAGUGAGGAAAAUGUCAAACAUAUUUUGAAAUAUAUUUAUAUACAAAAGAUAAUUACUGCAUGUAUUAUUGCUAACAUUUAAAUAAAAAGCAAUAUUUGUACUCAGA